AUGGCUGACAAGCUCCGCACUCAACAAGAGCUCGAACGCCUGCAGGCAAAAUACAUUGGAACCGGUCAUCCCGAUACGACAAGCUGGGAAUGGCGAACAAACAUUCAGCGCGACACAUAUGCUUCCAUCGCCGGCCAUCGACCGUUGUUGUCCUAUGUGGCUCUUGCCGAGAACGAGCCGCUGGUCAAGGUUCGCGCAAGAAUGAUUCGGAAAAUGAUUCAACCCGCCGGCCCGCCCCCACCUCGUGAGGAAUAA